AUGCUACCCGCUUCCGCAUCGCCAACCACCCUGCUGCUCAUCGAUAUCCAGCAGGGCAUGAGGCACGCGACGCACUGGGGCCCAGAGAGAAGCACGCCCGAGUUCGAGUCCAAGGUCGAAUCCGUGCUGCACGCCGCUCGCGCGUACAACCAACGCCGGCCAGACAAGCCCGUCCUCAUCAUCCACGCCCACAACCACUCCGCGAGACUGGCCUCGCCGCUGCACCCGGCGUAUGUAUUCCCGGACGGCGCAAUCGGCGUCGCCCCGAUGGCCGUCGCAGCCCCCGUCGCCCCGGAGCCGGUGCUCGUCAAGGACGUCAACUCCGCUUUCAUAGGGACUGAUCUGGAGGCGCGCUUGAGAGCGUUUAACACGGCGCAGCUGGUCGUCCUGGGGCUGAGCACCGACGAGUGCGUGAGUUCGACUGUGAGAAUGGCCGCCAAUUUGAAGCUUCUUGAAGGGGAUGCUGCGGGGAGCCCGGCCGAGAGCAGGAUAGUCUUGUUGAGCGACGCCACGGCCGCCUGGGCCAAGGGCGGGUUCUGCGCCCGAACUAUUCAUGAGGUUCACCUUGCGAGCUUAAAUGGCGAGUUUGCGAGGGUGGAAACGACCGAGGAUGCGAUCGAGGCCGUCUUGCGUUAG